AUGAACAACCACCUCCUCCACGGGCACCUACACGGAUUGGAGCUGGUGAUGCUCCACGCAACCAUACCCAUCGUCAGGGUAUUGUGCCUCCAGCCGUGUAGAACAACAACUUUGAAGAUCAAAAGUGGUCUGAUCUCCAUGAUCCAGCAGAAUAAAUUUCAUGGUCUGCCUAUGCAAGACCCCCUGGAUCACCUCGAUGAAUUUGAUCGUCUCUGCAGUCUCACCAAGAUCAAUGGGGUCAGUGAGGACGGUUUCAAUUUACGUCUCUUUCCAUUCUCUCUGGGUGACAAAGCUCAUCAAUGGGAGAAAAAUCUUCCUCCAGGAUCUAUCACAUCCUGGGAUCAAUGCAAGCAAUCGUUUCUUGCCAAGUUUUUCUCCAACUCCAUAACUGCACGUCUGCGCAACGAGAUCUCUGGGUUCACUCAGAAGAAUGGAGAAACGCUUUGUGAAGCCUGGGAGCGCUUCAAAAGUUAUCAGUCUCAAUGCCCCUACCAUGGCUUCACCAAGGAGUCUCUCCUCAGUACUCUAUACCGGGGCGUUCUCCCAAAGAUCCGGAUGUUACUUGACACUGCCAGCAAUGGCAACUUUCUGAACAAGGACGUCAAUGAUGGUUGGGAGCUUGUUGAGAACCUAUCCCAGUCUGAUGGCAACUACAAUGAAGACUACGAUAGAACCAUCAGGGCAAGCACAGAUCUUGAUGAGAAGUACAAGAAGGAGAUGAAAGAUGUUAAUGAUAAGCUGGACAAACUCUUGAUGAGCCAGCAGAGGAACAUUCAUUUCGUCUCUGAAGACGAUCCUUACCAGAUUCUUGAUGGGGAGGGCGAACAAUCUGAGGAGAUAAGUUAUGUCCAGAAUCAAGGUGGAUACAACAAGGGAUACAACCCCUACAAGCAGAAUCCCAAUAUGUCUUAUAGGAGCACCAAUCAAGGUUACCAACCUACAGCAGGACCACCACCAGGAUUCCAACCUCAACACGCUCCGCCUCCUCAGGCACCAGACCAUGACAUGAAAAGCAUGUUUCAGCAACUCCUACAGGGACAAGCAAAUGGCUCCAUGGAAAAUGCUAAGAAGUUUGCUGAGCUGACUCAGAGAUUGGACUGCUCAUACAAUGAUCUGAACAUGAAGAUUGAGACUCUAAAUUCUAAGAUCAAGUAUAUGGAGGGCAAAACUGCUUCUACUUCUGCCCCCAAGCCUGGCCAACUCACAAGAAAAGCUGUUCAGAAUCCUAAGGAGUUUGCUCAUGCCAUCACGCUGAUGAGCGGUAAAAACUUGCCUCCCAGACAAGGACCUGUUGUAGCCACUGAGGACAAAUCAGAAGUCAUACCUGAAAAAGCUCCUCAACCUGAUGAGAAACAUGCUGAAACACCUGCAGUAUCUAAGGAUAAGCCUGCGAGAUACGUUCCCCGACCAUACAAACCACCUCUACCAUUUCCAGGACGAUUCAAAAAGCAGCAAGCUGAGAAGUAUAAGGCUUUAUUUGAAAAGCAAAGAACAAAAGAAGUCCAGGGCAUGGUGAUAUUGAGUCACGAAUGCAGUGCCAUUAUCCAAAAGAAGAUCACCCCCUUGAAGCUUAAGGAUCCUGGAUCUUUCACUCUACCCUGCUCACUAGGCCCCCUAUCUUUCUGCAGAUGCCUAUGUGAUCUUGGAGCUUCAGUGAGUCUGAUGCCGUUGUCUGUGGCUAAGCGUUUAGGAUUCACAAGAUACAAGAUAGGCAACAUAUCUCUCAUUCUAGCUGAUAGAUCAGUGAGGCUCCCGCAUGGACUCUUGGAAGACUUACUAAUAAGGAUUGGUGUUGUUGAAGUCCCUACAGAUUUUGUUGUUUUAGAAAUGGAUGAAGAGCCUAAGGAUCCCCUGAUUCUUGGAAGACCAUUCCUAGCCAUUACUGGAGCUAUCAUUGAUGUUAAUAAGGGAAAGAUAGACCUAUGCUUGGGAGAAGAUUUCAAGACGACAUUUGACAUCAAGGAAUCUAUGAAGAAACCAACAAUCGAUGGCAAGGUGUUCUGGAUAGAGGAGAUGGAUCAGCUAGCUGAUGAACUUUUAGAAGAAACUUGUUGA